GAUGGUGGGAGUGAGGGGAGGGGCCAGCUCUAGCCGGACUCCGCCCCUCCCUGCCUGUCAAAGGUCUUCAUUUGGCCUGGGCUGGAGGUGUCCAGGGGUCCCGACUAAGUCCGGGCGCAGGCGCGCGGCCAUGCGGCCCCUGCUCGGCCUCGUCCUGGUCUUUGCCGUCUGUACCUUCUCCCUGUACCUGCUCUCCGUCAGGCUGCCGCGGCACCCGAGACCCAAGGAUGGACUGGGCAAAGAGGGGGACGAGGCAGAGGAGCCAGGCCCUAGGGCACUCAAGUUUCCUUCGGACUUGGAAGAGCUCCGAGAGCUCUCAGAGUUUCUGCAGGACUAUAAGGGGGAACACCAGGCCUACGUUCUGUUGUUGUUCUGCAGUGCCUACCUCUAUAAACAGUGCUUCGCUAUCCCGGGCUCCAGCUUCCUGAACAUUCUGGCUGGGGCCUUAUUUGGACCAUGGAUAGGACUCAUCCUGUGCUGUGUGCUGGCCUCAGUGGGCGCUACUUGCUGUUACCUGUUGUCCAGGGCUUUUGGAAAACAGUUAGUGAUCUCCUACUUCCCGGAUAAGGUGGCCAUGCUGCAAAAAAAGGUAGAAGACAACAGGAACAGCCUCUUUUUCUUCCUGCUCUUCCUGAGACUCUUCCCCAUGACACCCAACUGGUUCUUGAACUUCUCGUCCCCGAUCCUGAACAUCCCUAUCGUGCAGUUCUUCUUCUCCAUCCUCAUUGGCCUGAUCCCGUACAACUUCAUCUGCGUGCAGACGGGCGUCAUCCUGUCCACCGUCACGUCCCUGGACGACCUCUUCUCGUGGGCCACGGCGCUGAAGCUGCUGGCCAUUGCCCUGGUGGCCCUGAUCCCCGGAAGCCUGAUCAAACGCUUCGGCCGGACACGUCUGAGGCUGGAGCGACCCAACAGCGCCCAGCUGGGACCCAGCAAGAAGCAGACGUGAGCGGAGCCGGCCCGUCCGGCCUCGCGGCUGGGGGCUUCCGGACCUCUCCGUGUCCCUGCACCCCUUUGAGGGGGCCGGGAGGGGCCUGGGGGCGGCCAGGGCACGAGACCAGACCGUCGGGGAGAGCCGCACUUCGAGGGCCGGGAUGGCGCCCUGGAGCUCGCCGGGCCUCUGAAGUGGGGCUCCAGCGGCCUCUGGCCCGUGCUUUGGGGGGCCCUGCACGGUCUCCCAGCGAGCAGCGGCCCUCCGCUCGCCUCCUUUCCCAGACUCGGCUCCAUCCGUGCCGUUCGUGGGUGGCCCGGAUCCCCCGAGCUCUCCCGAGGGUGUCCCACGGCCUCCUCCUGCUCCUCCUCCUCUCUUGGGAGGUUUCUUCCGGUCUUGGGGCCGUCAGGUGUUCAGACGGAAGUUGGGGCCGGAUGUGUGACGGGCUUUUCCCGGUUGGGGCUCCGCCAUCCCUUAAACACCUUGUUCAUCCGCACUUUCUGUCCGUUGUAGCUUUAGGACAGAUGGGCAAAGGCGAGACAAUCGAGGCGAAAGACUUGCCCAAGGUCUCCCAGCCCCGAGGCCGCCCCCGCCCGGAGCCCCACACGCCCCUGGCUGCCCUCUCCGUCCCUUUCCUGUGAGGCUGGAGACAAUCAGAGCAAACUGGCCGCACCGUCUGAUUUCCGUUAUUUGCCAUUAAUGAUUUUAGCAAGGAUUCGAUUUUUUAAUUACGUUUUACUGCUGGGAUCCGUGUUUCAACGGAUGGGACACGGGCGCUGCCCAGGCCACAGACACGGAGGGCCGCUGGGACGCCUCAGGAAGGGAGACCGGACGGCCGUGCUCGGCUCGGCCGCGCUCCGCAUGUGGACUGCUUGCUCGGGCUCUGGAUGGCCCGUCUGGACCCGCCUGGGCCCGGGACGCCCCAUCUCUGGGGGGGUCCGGCAGGGCCCCUUCUGUCCUUGGAUCCCAGCGGCCCCCCGGAGUGCCCAGCCCAGGAGCCUGACCAGCAGAGCCGGGGAGGGGGAGACGCGGUCCAGGCUCCGCUGGUCGGCCUGUCCCGGCGGCCGGGGGCGACGGAAGAGGGGAGCCGGCGAAGGCCGUCACUGCUCAGGUCGGGGGGCUGCUGUGGCCAGCUGGGACUCCUCUAGCCACAGAGCAGCUUCUUCAAUAAACGCAAAAUGUCUUUUC